AAGCCCACAGCUCGGCUUAGUGCAGCGCCCGCCUCUGUCACCGGGAGACAGUCCACUUAAAUGCAGCUCCAGGGCUGUGAGGCACCCACCAGGACCACUCCCCGGGCGAGGUGGCAAAUGCAACAUGCUCUCCAGCUUGGGGUGUCUACUUCUCUGUGGAAGUAUUGCACUAGUCCUGGGAAAUGCACAGAAAUUGCCAAAAGGAAAAAGGCCAAGCCUAAAAGUCCACGUCAAUACCACAAGUGACUCCAUCCUCUUGAAGUUCCUGCGUCCAAGCCCAAACGUAAAGCUUGAAGGUUUUCUUCUGGGAUAUGGCAGCAACACAUCACCAAACCAGUACUUCCCUCUUCCUGCAGAUGGGAAAUACACGGAGGCUGUAGUUGAUGCAGAGCCGAAAUAUCUAAUAGUUGUGCGACCUGCUCCCCCUCCAAGUCAAAAGAAGUCAUGCUCAGGUAAAACUCGUUCUCGCAAACCUCUCCAGCUGGUGGUUGGCACUCUGACACCAAGCUCCGUCUUCCUGUCCUGGGGUUUCCUCAUCAAUCCACACCAUGACUGGACUUUGCCAAGUCACUGUCCCAAUGACAGAUUUUAUACAAUUCGCUAUAGAGAAAAGGAUAAGGAAAAGAAAUGGAUAUUUCAACUUUGUCCAGCUACUGAAACAAUUGUGGAAAAUCUAAAGCCUGACACAGUUUAUGAAUUUGGAGUGAAAGACAACGUGGAAGGUGGAAUUUGGAGUAAGAUUUUCAAUCACAAGACUAUUGUUGGAAGUAAAAAAGUAAAUGGGAAAAUCCAAAGUACCUAUGACCAAGUCCACACAGUGCCGGCGUACAUCCCAAAGAAGCUGAUCCCAAUAACAAUCAUCAAGCAAGUGAUUCAGAAUGUUACUCACAAGGCAUCAACUAAAUCCCCAGAUAAGAGUCCCUUUGGAGGAGCAAUACUAGUCCACCUUAUUGUUCCAGGUCUUAACGAAACCACUGUAAAACUUCCUACAUCCAUAAUGUUUGAGAUUUCAGAUGCACUCAAGGCACAACUAGCUAAGAAUGAAACCUUGGCAUUACCUGCUGAAUCUAAAACACCAGAGGUUGAAAAAAUCCCAGCACAGCCCAUAACAGUGACUCCUGAAACAGUUCCAAGAACCACUAAACCCACUGUGUCUAGUGCAUUAGAUGUUUCAGAAACAACACUGGUUCUCAGCGAAAGGAUCCCGGAAACAUCACAAACUGUUCAAAUACCUCAGUUUGAAUUGCCACUGAGCACUCUAGCUCCAAAAAGGCUUCCAGACUUUCCUGAGACAAAAACGCCCUUUCCUUUUGAGAAACCUGAGGGCAUCUUGGUUUCAAGUGAAAAGCCAUGGAUUGUUCCUACAGCUAAAACAUCUGAAGAUUCUAGAGUUCUGCAGCCUCAAACUGCAACUUAUGAUGUUUUCUCAAGCUCUACAACAACAGAUGAGCCUGAAAUAUCAGAGUCCCACACAGCAACAAGUGAUCCUAUUCUGGAUUCUGUCCCACCUAAAACUUCUAGAACUCUUGAACAGCCAAGGGCAACACUGGCUCCAAGUGAUAUAACACCAGUUGUUCCUCAAAAACCGGAAAUCUUUACCAGUCCCGAAAUACAACCUACAACACCUGCUCCCCUGCAAACUACAUCUAUCCCUUCUACAACUAAACGACGCCAGAGGCCCAAAAGGCCAAGACCCAAACCCGAAAGAACAACAAGUGCUGGAACAAUUACAUCUAAAAUUUCUAAAAGCCCUGAACCUACACGGACAACACUGGCUCCCAGUAAAACCCAAUUUAUUUCUUUGCAAACUAAAGUCCCUCUCAGCCCAGAAGUGACACACACCAAACCUGCUCCACCAAAGACCAAACGACCAGGUCGUCGUCCCCGCCCUAAAACAACACCUAGUCCAGAGGUGCCCAAGCUCAAACCUGCUUUGGAACCUGCCACAGCACAACCGGAGCUCUUGGUGCCCACGUUCGCCCCAAAACCAUCCAAGAGACCUAAAACCACACACAGACCAGAUGUACCUCAAAUACAGCCUGAUUCAAAACCACCAAAGCAAUUACUUCCUAAACCCAAAACCACUGCAAAACCAGAUAUGCUACCAACUAAAUCCGUCUUUGACCCUGUUCCAUUUGAAACUGAAGCUCCCUUGAUGACCAUAGUUCCUACCGCAGACAUUGAACCUAUAACUCUGAGAACUGAGGCUCCAGUGACAAGAUUAGCUCCAAAAACAUCACAAAGAGCAAGAACUCGUCGUCCCCGUCCCAAACAUAAAACCACGCCACGCCCAGAGACACCUCAGACCAAACUAGACUUUGGACCUGUUACUCCUGAGACUUCUUUAGCUCCAGCAACAACAAAAAGAACCCGUCGUCCACAUCCCAAACCUAAAAUCACACCCCAGCCAGAAGUACCUCACACCAAACUGGUUCCUGACACAAUCCUCAAACCAAUUCUUGGAACUGAGGCUCCAGAGACGACACUAGCUCCCAAAGUGCCUGAACGAACUCGUCGUCCACAUCCCAAACCUAAAACCACACCAAGGCCUGAAGCACCUCAGACUAAACUGGUUCCUGCUACAGUCUUUGAACCAGUUUCUCCUACAAGAGAGACUCCAGAAACAGCACUUGUUCCUGCUACAAACUUUGAACCUGUCAAUAUUAUAACCGAGACCCCUGGGACAACCUUAGCUACAAAAACAUCACAAAGAACCCGUCGUCCGCGUCCCAGACCUAAAACCACACCAACCCCUCAAGCACCUCAGAUCAAACCGGUUCCUGCUACAGUCCUAGAACCUGUGACUCUUAAACCUGAGGCCCCACAGACAACAUUAGCUUCCAAAACGUCGCAACGCACGCGUCGUCCACGUCCCAGACAAAAAACCACACCGAGUCCUGAAGCACCCCAGUCCAAACCAGUUCCUACUGCAGAGUUUGAACCUGUUACACUCAGAACUGCGACUUGGGUGACAACACAAGCUCCUAAAACAUCAAAACGAACUCGUCGUCCACGUCCCAAACCUAAAACCACAGCGAGUCCUGAGGCUCCUCAAACCAGACCGGUUCCUACUACAGAUCUUGAACCUGAUACUCUUAGAACCGAAGCUCCAGAAACCAUGGUUCUUGCUACAGUCCUUGAACCUGUCACUUUUAGAACUGAGGCCCCAGAAACAACAUUAGCUCCUAAAACACAACGAACACGUCCACGUCCACGUCCACGUCCCAGACCUAAAACCACACCAAGCCCUGAAGUACCUCAGACCAAAUCGGUUCCUGUUCCAGGCUUCGAACCUGUCAUUCAUAGUACUGAGGCUCCAGGAAUAACAUUAGCUCACACUGAAAUGCAAACUCUUAUUUUGAAACCAGUGACAUCACCAAGCCUAGAAAUGACACAAAGUCAACCUGCUUCUGAUGUUCUGGAAUCGGUUACAUUUAGCACUGAGUCAUCAAAGGAGACUAUAGCACCUGCCGAAACAGAUUAUGUAUCUCCCACUGCCAAAGCACCACUCAGGCCAGAGGAGUCAAAGACUGAAGGUGGUAAAGUUGUGGAAUUUGUUACAUAUGUGUCUGAACCACCUGAGACCACAUUAGUUGUCAUAGAAGCAUCACCUCUGCCUUCUGAACCUAUAAUCCUACCCAGCCCAGAUGAGCCUCAGACUGAACCUGCUCCCAAGCAGACACCACGUGCUCCUGCCAAGCCAAAAACAUCACCACACCCAAGAGUGCCACAGACGCAACCAGUUCCUAAGAGGCCCCAGCGUGUUACUGCAAAACCAAAAACGUCACCAAGUCCAGCAGUGUUGUACCCUUCACCUGUUCCAAAAGAUGUGCUCCUUCCCCAUAAACCAGACCCCAAGUUCUUUCAGAGUGAACCUGUUCUGCAACCUGUUACCUUUAGAAUUGAGCCACCAAAAACAACAAUAGCUCCUUUAGAGACAGGAGACAUCCCUUUUAUGCCUAUGAUUUCCCCAAGUCCUAGUCAAGAGGAACUACCAACUACUCUGGAAGAAACAGAUCAAUCCACCCAAGAACUCUUCACAACUAAGAUUCCACAAACAACUGACUUGGCAAAGACAACUCGGGCACCACACAGAUUGUAUACUACUCCCGUGAGGCCCAGAACACCAGAGAAACCACGCAUCAGACCUGUUCUGAAUAGGACAACUACAAGACCCACCAGGCCCAAACCCAGUGGGAUGCCCAGUGGGAAUGGAAUGGGAACAGGGAUCAAACAAGCACCUCAGCCAUCAGGUUCUGAAAGAGAUGUGUCGAUGGACCCUUACCGCUCCACAAAAAGACCAGGCACUCGCCGCCCACCCAUGCCACCCAGACCUACACCGCCACGAAGAAAACCAUUACCACCAAAUAAUGUCACCGGAAAGCCAGGAAGUGCAGGAAUCGUUUUAUCAGGCCCAAUCACUUCCCCACCCCUGAGGGCAACUCUCAGAACUACGGGAGCCCCCUUGGAGAGGACAGAGACAGAGAUAAAGCAACCAACAGUCCCUGCCUCCGGAGAAGAACUGGAUAAUAUAACUGACUUUAGCUCAAGUCCAACAAAAGAAACUGAUCCUCUUGGGAAGCCCAGAUUCACAGGUCCUCAUGUGCGGUACCUCCAAAAGCCUGAUGACAGUCCCUGCUCCAUUACUGACUCCGUCAAGCGCUUCCCCAAAGAGGAGCCCACAGAUGGGAAUGCCACCAGCCCACCACAGAACCCACCCACCAACCUCACUGUGGUCACCGUGGAAGGGUGCCCCUCGUUUGUCAUCUUGGACUGGGAAAAGCCACAAAAUGACACUGUCACUGAAUAUGAAGUUAUAUCCAGAGAAAAUGGGUCAUUCAGUGGGAAGAACAAGUCCAUUCAAAUUACAAAUCAAACCUUCUCCACGGUAGAAAAUCUGAAACCAAACACAAGCUAUGAAUUUCAGGUGAAACCCAAAAACCCGCUGGGUGAAGGCCCGGUCAGCAACACAGUGGCAUUUAGCACUGAAUCAGCGGACCCAAGAGUGAGCGAGCCAGUUUAUGCAGGAAGAGAUGCCAUUUGGACUGAAAGACCCUUCAACUCAGACUCUUACUCAGAAUGUAAGGGCAAACAAUAUGUCAAAAGGACGUGGUAUAAAAAAUUUGUAGGAGUGCAGCUGUGCAACUCUCUCAGAUACAAAAUAUAUUUGAGUGACUCCCUCACAGGAAAAUUUUAUAACAUAGGCGAUCAGAGGGGCCAUGGAGAAGAUCACUGCCAAUUUGUGGAUUCAUUCUUAGAUGGACGCACAGGACAGCAACUCAGUUCUGACCAGUUACCCACCAAAGAAGGCUAUUUCAGAGCCGUUCGCCAGGAACCUGUCCAAUUUGGAGAAAUAGGUGGUCACACCCAAAUCAAUUAUGUUCAGUGGUAUGAAUGUGGGACUACAAUUCCUGGAAAAUGGUAGAUGCUGCACUUGGUGCUUAAAAGUACCUUCUGUUUCACCAUGUCAAAAAGAUCAUUGGAAACACUAUGGUAUUUGUCACAUUCAUUUAAAGCUAUUUUGUUUACUGUGUAUAAAAGUCUACACUCUAAUUAAUAGCACUAUUAGAUGUUUAUUAUUAGAAAAGAUUGCUGAGAGUAUUUAUCAGGUUUUACAAAAUCAUUUUAAGAAAGCAAGAUAUUGACAUUAACAGAAUAACAUUUUUGGGGAAGCUGGCUCCCUACUCAUGGUAUUUUAAGAGAUCAUUUGUAUAUUAUUUAUCACACUGUUGUAAUGAUGUUUUGAGAUACUUUUAUAACAAAAUUAACAUCAAAAACUUAUACUUUUAAAAAAAUAUUUACUUUUAUUGAUGUGUAUUCUUCCUAUGGGCGAGUUAAUUCCAUAAAUCUCAACUUAGUUUAACUUAUUGGAUCAAAUUAUCUUCAGCAUAUAUAUCUUAGAGGAAAAGGUCCUAAUAUUCAUGUUUAUUUAAACUUCAAUUUUUUUAGCAACAGCUGAGUAGCUUUUCUGAGGAGUUUAAAUAGUUAGACAUUCAUGCUAAUAUUCAUUUCCUUAAAAUAUCUGCAAAUCUAAAAGAUUGAAUCAGAAAAAUGGAGUUGGGAAUCUAUUAUAUUCAGUUUCAAAAGAUAUUUCUCUAUCUGCAAUUAUGUUAUAAUGUCUGAAUAUGCUUUGUCAAACUAUACCUUUAAGCAAUCAUCUUCAUAUUGUUUUUAUGAUUCUGAUCAAGCUGUAUGUAGAGACUGAAUGUGAAGUCUGAGCACAAAAAGAUAAUGCAUGAUGAGAUCCUUAACAUUUUAGAGGAUAUUUACUUAUAUAUAUUUAUACAUAAGACCUCUAUGAAUGAAUGUAUCAGAGGAUGUUUUUGUAACUGUUUCAAUCAAUCUGUAAUGAAAACCUGACUCACUUUCAUUAAAAAAGGUGGUUUUCCUUCAGUUGGGAAGGGAGAUAGGAAUGUGUGCUGCCCUCAUCCUAAAAGGACUUUUCCUGUGCUUACCUUUCAACAUGCUUCAAUUUUAUCAAUGCUACAUUUUGUAUUUUUCAAACAAGUACAAAUUCUGCAAUAAAGAGAGAUAGUUUUCUUUUUUUAA